GGCGAACCGACUGCCAUUAAACCGCCUAUCGACAAUAUACGCUACGAUCUGGAUCGGACGGAGAAGUUGUUCGAUGAGGUGAGGGACCGACGACCUGCCCUCUAUAUUAGAACACGGCGGAGGUGGCCAAGGCAAACGCAAGCAUCCUCCCAGAUUUCUCCCUCUCCUCGCGUCUCACCCUCUGCGUUUCUCUCUCUCGCGCGCGCCAAGCUCAACAACAAUCUGUCUAGUCGAUGCUUAAAGUAUGAGAUAUAAUUACAAGACAUGCAUUAAUGUCUCAAACCAUCUCUAAAAUUGAUAUAUUGCUUGCAGAACAUUGUGAGGAGCUAGUCAAGGAAGUUUGUCCGGCCCACCCCAAAGUCAAGAGCCAACUUUCAUGUCAGAUCUCAACGUACAGAUUCCAACUGCCUUUGAUCCAUUUGCUGAGGCAAAUGCUGACGACUCUGGUACCGGAACUAAGGAGUAUGUGCAUGUACGCAUCCAGCAGCGUAACGGAAGAAAGAGCUUGACUACUGUGCAGGGUCUAAGGAAAGAGUUCAACUACCACAAGAUUCUUAAAGAUCUGAAGAAAGAAUUCUGCUGCAAUGGUACCGUCGUCCAGGAUCCUGAACUAGGCCAGGUUAUUCAGCUGCAAGGCGAUCAGCGUAAGAAUGUCUCGAACUUUUUAAUUCAGGCUGGUAUAGUGAAGAAAGAACGCAUCAAGAUUCACGGUUUCUGAAGACUAUAUGCAUGCGUCUGCAAGUCGUGUGAAAGUAUAUAUCUUUUGUGUAUUCGUUAUAUAAAGAGUGCAGGUGACCAUAUAAAGAAGCUUGUGAAGGGUAACCAGUAGCCCUCCUUUGUUUAAUUUCUACUGCCCGAUGCGACUUGCUGGUUGCGUCCGUGUGUCCUGUGACCUUAACUUAUUAUGGAUAUAUAGGCCAUCACAUGAAACCCCAUUUAGUAUC